GUUGUGUGUGAUGUGUGGUGCUCAGGAGGCGAGAUAUCGAAACCACCGUGUUUCAGAUCCAGGAGAUGCUUUUAGAACAGAAGGUCACACCUCUUCAGCUGAUACAAGCCACUGACUUCAUCACACCAUCGGAGUAUGCUGAUGUGGUGGCCGAGAGGGCUUUAGCGCAAGUGUGUGGGUAUCCGCUAUGUCUGAACAAGCUGCCGAAGCCGUCCAAUAGGGAGAAGGGUGGCAGAUUCAAGAUAUCCAUGAAGGACCACCGAGUGUAUGAUAUGGAGCUCAUACGACAGUACUGUGCCAAUGAUUGUCAUGUGGCGAGCGACUUCUUCAGUUCACAGCUGAUGCCUAUGGUAGCGCACAUGCGUACCGGCAAGGAAUUGGUCAAGGAAAAGAUUCAGUUGCUAAUGAGAGAACCAGAUCUGAAGGCCUUUAGCGCAAACGGUAGCUUUGAAACGGUCGCGCCUCUGAUAGGGGCGUCUGGCUCAGCUCUUGUGAGGCUGCAUGAUCUCAAACAACUGGUACAGCCCACGACGGGCACUACUUCUGGCCACACUGCACAAGCAACAGCACAACAAACGAAUAAGGCACAGGACACAGAUACGAAUCAGCCGACCCCGCUACCCCAACCAACUCCAGCACACACCACUACACAAGCACAGACACAACCAACGCCACAAUUACCUUACAAGGCACACCUCACAGCACACUCAGGCGCAGUCACCAAACCACAACACAUCGCAGCAUUGCCCGUACUGCACGUGGGCGAUGGCAUCGUGGCUGGAUCGGCAACGGCCGAUGGCGAGUACUCGGCGGAGCUUGAGCGCAUGAUGGAGAACAUGAACGUGCGCGAGAUGUUCAGCGACGCACGUGCCACGCCGAUGCCAUCUACGCACUACAACACAGACACAUAUGCGGUGGAUGGGUUCUUGCCCGCGCCGAGUAAGGUGACGAGCACCAAGGGACUGGCCGCGCUACAGGACGGGGGGGUUGUGAGUGGUGUGCCUGAGACGGUAGAGAGUAGCGAUACGAGGAAUGGUAGUAGCCUCGUGGGUGGGGCGGGGGGUUGUGGAGACGUAUCGGGCGCUAAGAUCACAAGGAGAGAGACAGGGGAUGAGGCGGUAGUUGACGACGAUACAAUCGUCGGAGAUGACUAUGACUCAAUGACCUUCCCUACGUCCGGCGUGGAUGAUGUAACAGACGCACUCGACACCGAACGCAAAUCGGUCCAAUUCGACCCGUCCGUGAAAGCAGCACCGGCGAAGCAGAUGCGCAAACACAACACGCAGCUGAAGGCUAAACUGUCGUUGUUUCAGCGCGCCUGGAUGAUGAUAACGGACUGGAAUAAUGCAGAUGUCCGCUUAUAUUUGCAGGGUGUCAUGGAUCAAAGUGCAAUGAGCAAGGACGGGGUAGAUGAAGAUGAGUUCGACCCAAUGACUGACGACUGGGAAGUCAUGAAGGCUACAGCGACCAAGAAAACGACACCAGAGAAAGUAGAGACAGAACGAAACUACCGAACUGAAAACUACGAUCCAGUGGCCACCCGGCACGCGAUUAUUCAACGACAGCUGGGCGUGGUCUUCAAGGCUAUCCUCGCAGGCAAGGGGAUCCGAGGUUGUACGUAUCCAAACAUCCGGAAGGAUCUGGGUGAUGUGACCCGGCGGUUUACAGUAUCCAGGUCGAGAUGUGUGUAUCUGACUUCCCCUCUGGAUCAGUUAGUUGCCCUUGUGCUCAUAGAAUCAAUGGCCCUACGGAAUCCGUUUGUCGCGAGUGCGUGCAGUGGCCCAACUGGCAGUCCUUUCGCUGCUAUGGCGCAGACGUUGUUUGAGAUCGACAAGUAUCGUUUCGAAGAUUUAGUAUCGAUAUUACUCCCUCACACGUAGAUAAUUAGCUCAAGUAAAUACAAUACACUAUUAAGC